AUGACUACCGGCUCGAAGCCUCAACCCGCAGCUUCCAACAGCCGCGAAGCUAAAACCAUCCAACACCAACACAGGAUCCCAGAUGCUCAACGAGCAGCAAUCUCUUCUCCCGAUCUAGCAUGGUCACAUAGCAAUGAUCUAUCCAACGAUUUCCGCUCAGAUAGUUACACAAAGCCUACACUGCCAAUGUUAGAGGACUAUAUGGCCAGCUUGGUAGGCCGCGAAGCCUCUCUUCUUGUGGCCUCGGGCACCUUGGAAAAUCCGGAAUGGGGCAGCGCGUCGUAUCUUACCGGCAUUACCACCAGACAGGCCAUUCCCUCUAAUGGCUACCAUAUUACAUUGGACGACGUCAAGCGGGAGAGUACACUGGGGGAGUCGAUAUAUGAGGUCCCUAUCAGAAUCAUCAGCCUGGAAAACACCCUCAACGGGACCAUACCUCUCUCGGACAUUCGCGCCAUUGCUCCAUGGGCGCGCGGCCGAUCCCCAUCAAUCCAUGCGCACUUGGAUGGCGCUCCUCUCUGGGAAGCAGUCGCCAGGGGAGCUAUCACGCUGCAUGCGAUUGGGGACUGUUUUGACAGCAUCCAACUAUGCUUCACCAAAGGGGUCGGAGCACCUCUUGGCGGCAUUGUAACCGGGAGCUCCGUCUAUAUCGAGCGGGCCGAGUGGGGUCGCAAAUCUCUCGGGGGUGGAAUUCGAGCAACUAAGAUCAUCGCUGCAUCCGCAAGAGUAGCCGUGGACGAUGUUUUCUUUGUUGGAAACUUGCAAGCAGGCCAGGAGAAGGCUAAAGGCGAAUAUUGUCUGGCUUAUCCUCGAGGCGUCCGGCCUAAAGCAUGA